AUAUCAAAUGGGUAAAUCCAUAACAAAAUGGCAGGCCAGAAGGAACAUUGGGUAUCGAACAUUUGACAUCGUACAGUGAGUCAGCGAAUAAAAUAAAAUAAGUCCGAUUUUUCAGGUCACCAGAAGAGCCUGUGAGUUCCAAGGAGGAUGCGACGUGGAGCGAAAGCAUCUUCGGCGUCUUCAAAGAUGCAGGAGAUCAUUGUGCGGGUCCAGUCGCCCACUGGGACUACACGGAUAUCUGUCAGCAGCAACCAGACCAUUCCCAAGUUCUUACAGAAGGUUGAAGAGGAACUUUCUGUCGGCCAUGGUACAUGGAAACUGUAUCAGAACAGGGACCGUUCAGGGGAGCUGAAGCCUGGCAGCAGGAAAACUCUUCACAGCACCAACAUCAGACAUGGAGACAUGCUGUACCUGGUGCCAUCAUCAGGACUGGACACCACUGACUCCGCAGGAAGCCAGGAUGUCGGGAGUAAUGAUGUGGAGGAAGAUGAAGUAGACAUCUUGUUAUCCAAACAGGAUGGCCGCAUCGCCAGGGAGAGAGAUGAGCAGCUAUGUCAUCAUGGACCCAAAGGAAAAUGUGUACACUGUACCUCCCUAGAGCCCUACAAUGAGGAGUAUCUGCAGAAGUCAGAAAUCAAGCACAUGUCCUUCCAUGCUCACCUGAAGAAACUGAUGGGAGGAGUGGACAAGGGGAAAUUUGUGGCGCUUGAGAACAUGAGUGUGAAGAUUCGGCCAGGCUGCACCGAGCACCCGCCGUGGCCAGGAGGUAUCUGUACCAAGUGUCAACCAAGUGCAGUUACUCUGAACAGACAGAAAUAUCGUCAUGUGGACAACAUCAUGUUUGAAAACCACACCAUAGUUGACCGGUUCCUGGACUACUGGAGGAAAACUGGAAACCAGCGUUUAGGGUUCUUAUAUGGGAAAUAUGAGCACCACAAAGACGUCCCACUGGGGAUAAGGGCCACUGUAGCAGCGAUCUAUGAACCUCCACAGGUUGGAACAGCAAACAGUUUGGAGCUUCUUGAAGACAGGAAUGCUGAUGUUGUGGAUGACAUUGCAAGGAAGCUUGGACUCAGGAAGGUUGGAUGGAUCUUUACUGACUUGGUGGCUGAUGAUUCUGGCAAAGGAACUGUCAAGAACUUCCGGAAUGCGGAUUCAGUCUUCCUUAGUGCAGAAGAGUGUAUCAUGGCAGGAGAGUUUCAGAACCAACAUCCCAACUGUACAAAACUGUCUCCAGAUGGUACUUUUGGAUCCAAAUUUGUCACUGUGGUGGCUUCAGGUGAUGAAAGUCACCAGAUCCACUUUGAGGGUUACCAGGUGUCCAACCAGUGCAUGGCUCUGGUGCGGGACGACUGCUUGGUGCCCACCAAGGAUGCCCCUGAGCUGGGGUAUAUAAAGGAGUCCACCCCAGAACAGUAUGUGCCUGAUGUUUUCUACAAGGAGAAGGAUUCCUACGGCAACUUGGUGACAUUGCUGGCCCGGCCCCUCCCAGUGGAGUACUUACUGGUACAGGUUACAACAGGUUUUCCUGUUGACCCUGUGUCUACCUUCAACAUCAGGGUGGCCAAGCCCUUUCCUAUUGAGAACAGAGCAGAUAUUGGUGACAUACAGGACUUUGGCCAGCUGACUGCGUACAUGCAGCAGUUCCCUGGGUAUCGUCUGUUGGAGACCAUGUCAGACCUACAUUUCCUCUCCUACCUGGCAACAAUGGACAUGCUACCAUUGAAGGACCACAUGGACCCUUUGUUGGAAGGUGUGCGGGAACAAAAUGCAGAGACUGUGGAACAUUGGUCCAAGACUGACCAGUGGGCGACAGUGGAACAACUGAUCACUGCACAUGCACCAAGUCCACCUGUGGGUGGUGGACCUUCAGCUGCAGGACCAGCCUUUCCUCCAGGGGGCGCUGCUGGCGGUGUGUGGGAGUGUAAACACUGCACCCUCAUCAACCAAGCACAUAAUGCCUCCUGUGAGAUAUGUAGCCUGCCCAGAACCUAGGCACCUCUGGCAGGUUAUUAUGGUCCCAUGAGAUAUGUAACCUACUAAGUACAUGGGGCAGUCUAGAGCCUGUAGACACAUUAGGGUGUUCAAGAAGCUUACAAUACAUUGAACAGUUAUUAUUGCAAGGUAUUUAAAAAACAUCUAAACUGUUCGAUCAUCAAAACGGUUCAGAAUGCGAUCGCACUUCUUUGUAGAAAACCUGAUUAGCCCAAAAUUGCAUACAUACUCCACAUGCCUCAGCUUUUGAGUUUCUUUGUCAAAUGAUUUUAACUGAAAAGGGGAAUGCAGCCUACUGGCUCUGCUGAUGCUAAGGACCAACAAGGAAUUUUGUAUGUCAGCCUACUCAAUUAGUUUGGAUGGCUCUAUGCAGCUGUGGAUAGGACAAUGUUGACCAUGGCUGGCAGAGGAACUGAAGGAGUGCAAAUUCCUUUGAGUAUAUUGGUGACAGGUUUUGGCCACAAUUGCAGCGACUUAUCACCUGCUUAGGUCUGCUAUACCCCAGGGCUCUAGCCAGCUCGACAUUUUUUUCCGUCAGCCAAUUCCCAUUGUCACAAAAACACUAUUCCAGGAGUUAGAGAGACUGAACUGAGACCUUGAAAAACGGGUUUUAAUGAGAUUAUCGUAUGCGAAAGGGCACCGACACACAUUGUCAACAAUCAUAACAAUAGCAAAACAAACAGUUUGUGGCUUUUACGACCGUGGACGGCAUCCCCCAGCAGCCUGUAGCUUCCACCAAGGAGCUUUUAUCAGAUUUUUGUCCGUCAAAGUUGACGGAUUAGUUUUAAACUUUUCCGUCACACGCAGCAAAUUUCCGUCAAUUGACGGAAAAACGGACGCUGGCUAGAGCCCUGCUAUACCCGUACAUUUUGUAUGUAUAACAUCAAAACUCCAAGACAAAGACACUUUGCAUUCACCCUCAGUGAUUCAGGCAAAACCUUUUUGCCACAGCUACCUCUUGGAGAUGGUUUGCGAAGUAACCAUUUCUGAGAAAAAGUAAGCAGUUUGAAGUGUUCACACUCCGAAGAUUGAAACGUUUUGAGACUUUCUGAACUGAUUGGAUGAACCUGUUACAUUUUGGGGGGUGAAGGGGCCAAGGUAAGUUGCCUUCUGUAAACUAUACUAAUGUUGAGUUAUUGAUAGAGGACACUCAUUACUAGUAUGAAUCCAGAAUUGUACGGAAGACACCAUGUUAAAACCUCUCUCAGCUGAUGAGUGUGACAAUAUUCCCAGUAGUGUACUAGUAUUUGGGCUCCAGUGUUAAUAACAGGAACACUCAGCUAUAAUACUUCAUUUGUGCACAGGACUUUAUAAACGCAAACUGCUUCAUCUGCUCAAAGUAGGCUUAAGUAAGCCUGUAAUGCUGUAUGGCGCAUGUUUUGGCCUGUUUUAUGUAAUGGUGAGUGAAUUUCAUGGCAUAAAUAAAUUGAUUUUGCUAUGUCAAUAAAAUGUUUGACUUCUUGUCUUAAGCUGA